AUCACUGACCCAGCUCUGCAAGCACUAGCCCCCACCCACAACAAUUUUUUUUUUUUUUUUUUAAAUCUCUUCAUUUCACUUGCCAUUCAGACUCUAUCUGCACGGUUUUCCAUUGCAAAUGGCGGUCCAUGUCCAGUCCGUAGAGAACUUAACCAGCAGAUGGACCGUCGCUGCCCGGUGCUGUGACUUCUGCAAAACGGCAACCGCUGCUGUGUUUUGCCGAGCUGACUCGGCUUUCCUUUGUCUCAAUUGUGACACCAAGAUCCAUGCCGCGAAUAAGCUCGUGUCCAGACACGAGCGUAUUUGGAUGUGCGAGGUUUGUGAACAAGCACCAGCUGCCGUCAACUGCAAGGCUGACGCUGCUGCCCUCUGCGUCACCUGCGAUGCAGAUAUUCACUUGGCUAAUCCUCUUGCUCGCCGUCACGAACGCGUUCCUGUUGAGCCUUUCUUCGACUCGGCUGAGUCUAUUGUUAAAUCUUCGCCGUUUAAUUUUCUAGUGCCUAGUGAUCAAAAUGGUAUCUCCGCCGGUUACCACCAGAAUCAUGAGGAUGAUGUGGAGGGUGUUUCGUGGCUGUUGCCGAAUCCUACUAACCUGAAUUCGAAAUUAGGCUUGGAAAAUCCUGAAAUGAAGGCUGACGGAGAUCUAUAUUUCCCUGAAAUGGAGCCGUUACUUGAUAUGGAGUUUCAACAGAGCCAUAGCGGGGCUACUGAUAGCGUGGUGCCUGUACAGACCAAACCAGCUUCAAUUCCAGUCAUCAACAACGAUAUCUGCUACGACGUCGAUUUCUGUAGAUCAAAGCUCUCUUCCUCCAACUACCCAACUCAGUCUCUUAGCCAAAGCGUUUCUUCGUCAUCGCUUGAUGUAGGAGUGGUUCCAGACGGGAACUCUAUGUCCGAUAUAUCGUACCCUUUUGGCCGAAACUUGAAUACUGGUACCGAUCCAAUCGCAUCCAUCUCGACUUCUACCACAAAUCAAACAGCACAGAUGUGUGGGAUUGAUCGGGAAGCUAGGGUAUUGAGGUACAGAGAGAAGAGGAAGAAUCGGAAAUUCGAAAAGACCAUACGCUACGCUUCUCGCAAAGCAUAUGCCGAAACCAGACCGAGAAUCAAAGGCCGGUUUGCGAAACGAGCUGAAAUUGAAUCCGACAUGGACCGCCUGUAUAACUCCCCCUCCUCCGUAUCUUUCGUGUCCGAUGCCCAAUACGGCGUCGUUCCAUCGUUUUGAAAACAAAAGGGUUAGGGAGUAUAAUCAUUAAUUUAUAAUUAUAAUUAUAGUUAUAAAUGAUUAUGUAGUUUGACAAGCAUAAAUAUAUGUUUAUUGUAAUUGGUAAGUAGAAAUAAAUGGAAUAAUCCUGUGAGGUGUUAAUUAGAGUUGGGAAGUUGGUCGGUGUAAAUUAGCGUCCUUUAUUCGCUGAAUUUGCUCCAAAGAGCCCUCCUUUCUCUCCCAGGGCUUCUGUACUUGUUUCAAUUUUAGUAAAAAGUUUUUCUUCUUUCCUUUUA